AGAGACGUGGAAACACGACAGGAAAAGUGGCACCGAGGUCCGGAUUAAGUGAACCCUGGCAUAGUGGAUGAUAAUAUGCUUGGAAAUGGUCUCCAUGAUAUGUAAAAUAAUGAUCAUAAUAAAGUGAUGAUUGUGCCAAUGAUUUUUUUUUUUUUUCUUUCUUUUUUCCACGGCAGCCCCGGACGGGAGCGGUGACGGGCUCAAAUCCCCGGGACCGAGACGUCAGGGAUCGCCCACGUACACGCGAUACAUCAGCGUGACUGCAGCGGCUGCGGCCGCCGCCAGGAUCGACCAGCCGGGCCGCCAGCUGCAAGGCCGCACACACGUAGAGUCAGGUCAGGUCACCUUUGCGUGUGUGCGCACACGUACCUGGGCUCCUCCUCCAACACGGUGGCCAGACUCUCCUGAAAAACAAACAGCCUACCUGAAAUCGCACACUCAUUUCUAUUUAUUCACACACACGUUCAUAUUUACAUAGUGUACAUCAUAUCAGUGCUGAGCCACGAUUUUGUGUGCGCCAGGUCUCCUUAAAAAGCUACUAAAAGCUUAUAGUCAGGAGCCCGUGUACAUCAAGACAAUCAUAAGAAAAAAAUCAGAUGGGCAGGAUGAGUUGUAGUAUAUUACAGUGUUCUCAUUCAAAACAUACAAAUGAACAACAAACUGUAUACUGUAUAUACACACUAGAGCUGGGAAUCUUUGGGCACCUAACGAUUCGAUUACGAUUACGAUUCAGAGGCUCCGAUUCGAUUAUAAAACGAUUAUUGAUGCACACCACUCCUAUUAUUUUUAUUUUUAUUUUUAAAAUUUGUUUUGUACAUUAGUUCCAAAAUUGUUCAAAAAUCCUCUCAGGCUAAACCAAACUACUAUUUCAGUAUCAAGUUAACAUAUAGCAGUAAACAAAUAUACAAAAAUAACAGUAAAUAAAAAAACUCCAGUCCCCAUUCUAUAUCAGCAGCUUUAAACUACUUUCAAUUAAUUUAAUGAUGUGAAUCAACCAUUAAAGUUGUUAAAAUUGCUCCUGUUAUUCCAUAAUUUCUCUUUUGUCUACUUUCAACAUGUAAAAGUUUUAAAACAAUUUUAAAGAUAGAUUCAAGUCAAUAUUUUACCGAUUUAGGAGUAUUUUAGAUAAAAAGUUAAUUAGGUUCGCUUGGAAGGUUCGCAUCAACAGCCUUGCAGGGAAGUGUACUGCUUUAAGAUGGCGGCCGUUACUAACGCCCGCAUCUAGUUUUUUGUAGAUGUGCUGGUAACGAUACCGAAGCUAUAAUGCAUCUAGUCCUAUAUAAAUGAUAUCUACCGUAACAUAAUGUGGCUUGUAGCAGCUUUUCGGCAGCAGUCAGGUAUGUUGUUGUUGUUUUUUUAAUCUCGUGGCAUGAGUUGAGCUAGAGCCGUGAGUUGAGCAUUGGCGUUACCCGAGGGGCCGGGUAAUGAGAAGCAUGAUGUUUAGCUACUCUCGCUCCGUCCCUAAUUGCGUACCGAAGACCGCGCGGCGCGCUGAGUGUGUCAUACUUCUGCUUUACUUGGCAUAUUUCAAUAAUCGGAAUUUGGAUGUUUGUGAAUCAUUCUCGAAUCUUCCACGGCCGAAUCGCGAAUAAUCUAAGAAUCGGAAAUUUUGCACACCUCUAAUACACACGCACACAAAAGAAAAAAAAAACUUCCCUAGAAGAGAAUUUAUAACCUACGUAUGUCGGAGUUGUUAUAUUUACUGAUCAGAAUGCUUUUUAGCAUUGUUUUAAAGGUGGAGGUGGAUUUCGACACUUUUAGAUUUUCGUCGAGCUCGUUCCAAAUCUGAGGGCCUGUAGUUGCAAUGCUCAAGCUGGUGCUAACAAGUCUUCUCUUUUUUUCCACUGAUGUGGUCUUUGUUCCUGGUGCUAUGAGUAUGGAGAGGAGUCCAGACUGGAAUGAGCUCAGACAGUCUGCUAUUCAUAUUAUUUACAAUAUGGAACCGCUCCAUCACAUCGCACUCGACGGUCCAAAAAUAAAACUGAUAGAGAGGACGGAAGGACAAGUAUUUGUAUUAAUCGGGCCGACUUCAAUAGAGGACGUGAAGGAGCGACAUCGACCGGUAACUCUCCGACCACGGAUCGGGCGUUUCCGCACGACGGCAUCGAAGCUCAACUUUGAACGGAGCGCACAAAAUCGGCUAAUACAGUGCUUCUCAAUUCAAAUAUUUUCUGUUACACCACCCCCAGUAAGACGUCAAUGUUUCACACCCCCCCCCCCCCCCCGACUCACUGCUGCCACUGUAAAUAGUAUCAUUUGUCCUUAAAAUUAUAAGUACACCUCUGCAUAACAUUGUGUCCUUUUUAUUAUGAAAAAAAUAUAUAUAUAGAAUCUACUUACAAUAAAGUUGAACUGCAUUAACAUUGUUUUGUUUAUAACAGAAAAGACUUAAAGUGCAUCACUUUGCCUGAAUUGGAAAAAAGUCACAUCCGAACUGUAAAAAUUCACUUAAGGUACAUUUUUGACAAUACUGAAAAAUAAAAUAAAUAAUAAUCAAUAUAAAUUUAUUAGCAACAUAUGAGAACAAUAUCCCUUGUCCAAAAAAACCAAAAAUCGCUAGAACAAAAACAGUCAUUGGACAGAGGGACAUUUUUUUGUUGUUGCACUAAGCAAAUUUGUGUGCAGUGCUCGCUGGUUUAUUGCUGUAACACUGACAAAGUGGGAUGAUUGUUGGUAAUAUUCUUUGCUUAAAAGAAAAAAAAAAGUUAUCAAUGUGCUUGGGGUGUAAUGUUCUUAAUUGGUUUGCCUUCCUGCUGUCCGUUGUAAACAUUUUUAGACACAAACUGGGGUUUCCUUGUCUGUCACUGUAUUAACAGUCAAAGCCAAACGCUACAUACCACUUUGUCAUAUUUCCUCCUCUUAGCUCUUCAAAUCUCCAGUGCUCGUUUGGUUCGAAAAUACAGCACGCGCUCUGAAAAUGGAAGCGCCACAGCCACCCGGAGUGGAUGUGCAAUUACACUUUAUUGUAGUGUGACAAAAAAUCAGUAUGUUCCCCGAGGUCACACGCGCCCUGCUUUGCGCCCCACUAUUUGAGAAAUACUGGGCUAAUAAUUGAGUUUUUUAAGAAAGAAGAUUACGAGCGAGCGGUGCGCGUUUUGGACGAUGGCCGCCCUUGCGUGUAUAUUAACAAACAAAAACAAAGAAAAACCCACAUUCCGGAACAGCUUACCGCAGGCUUGGUGAUUUUGUCUCUGUCGUCCUACACGCAAAAAGACAGAAAGCGCUGAGUGGCGUUGGCGUCCACGCGGCGGCGGCGGCGGCGGCGUUUUCAGCGGGCUACCGGGUGCAGCUCUCCAAUGAGCAUUUGAGCGGCGACUCGGCGGGCGUCGCUGGAGUGGCCCACGUCCUCGAAGCUCUCGGUGGCGUCGGCGCCAGCGUGCUCCCUCAGGACUUCCUCGCCGCCCGGGUGCUGCGCAACAUGAAAAGAAACACCUCGCGUCAGGUUAUCCAACCCAUCGCAACCGCAGACGUCCGGGAAGACGUAUGGCGCGACGUGGCGUAAUUAGGACGCCCCUUCCGUUUUUCCCGAGCGGCGCCGUUCCCGUCCCGCCCGCCGGCGCCAUGUUGGGCGGGCGACGCGGGCGCGCGACCCUGGCGCUGCUUCUGACCUGCGCGGCGUGGCGGCUGUUUCUCCGCGGCCUCCCGUUUCCGCCCCGUGCCGACGACCUGUCCGACGCGUGCUCCGACGCCGCCGGCGAGAAGAUCCUGCGUCGACUGUGCCGGGAUUUUGCGGAGGGCUCGGCGGCGGGCGACCUUUGCGCUGACCUGUGCGUCCGCGGCCUGGUGGCGUACCAGAGGUGUCUCUACUACGAGAGCGGCAAGAAGGUCAUGUCGGUCCGCUGGAGAGGUCGGCCCGUGGUCCUCAAGUCCCAGUUGGAAAACCUGUCGUCCUACCGUUCCCUCGGGGCGCCGUACUACCGGGACGCGAGGGAGGACGCGUCUCCGCUGGACGCUCUGCUCGCCGCUACGUCGGAGGUGCGCAACUGGCUGGGUUUGGCCAAGGAAGAGGACGGAGCCCGUUUUCCGCCGGUCGAGCCGCGUCGGUCGCCGGACAAGAAAAUUUACUCCAGGGCCGAGCUGAUGUCGAUGUGGUCUCUGCUGCAGCAGGACGAGUACGCUUUCCUGAGAGUCCUGCAGGACUUGAGCGCGCACGUGCCCAAGGUCCUGGGUUCCUGCGGACACUUUUACGCCGUAGAGUCGCUGUCGGCGGGCCGCGCGUGGGACCAGAACAUCUUCUCCUUGGGGGACGCGGAGAAGCGAGCGGGGGGCGUCCACCGCGUGGCGCUGAGCUUCUUGGACAUGGUGCGACACUUCGACGACGACUUCGCGCACAAAGUUCACCUGUGCGACGUCAAGCCCGAGAACUUUGCCAUCAGGAAAGACCUCACUGUGGUGGCCAUUGACGUGGACAUGGCCUUCUUCCAGCCCAAGAUGGAGGAGCUCCUGGAUCAGAAGUGCGUCCGUGACGACGACUGCCACUUCUUUGACUGCGUGUCGUCGUGCGACCUGAGCGUACGACACUGCCGCCGACAGCGCGCCAACACCAACCUGCAGGUGAUUUGCCAGAAAAUCUUCCGACCGGUGUUUUCUCCCACGCUGCUCGGCGCCAAAGCGGGGCUCCCGCUGCAGGUAGAGCUGCAGAGGGCCGUGCGGGAGUGCGCCGCGUCCGGCAAAGCGGGGCGAGACCGGGACGUCCGCCGCCGCCUCCUCCGUAUCCUGACUCGCCUCCUUCGUGAGGGAAAAACAUCAGACGGAGGGUGAAAAUAAAGCGAAAACCCUGCGUGCGGCGGUUGGCCAAAAACAUCUAAACCGAAGAAGUACUGGAAAAGAACAAAGACCGAACCCUGAAAAUGAUUCCCGUUUGCCUGCCCGGAGUGUUGUUGGACUUGACCGUGAAACGUCUUGCGCCCGAGCGGAAAUGGCAAGCGUAGGUCUGUCUUAAUGGCCAUGAUGACAACGACCGCAUUCUCUCUGAAGAAAAGACAACUUCAGACCUCAACUGAUAGGGAAAGGUUUUUCUGGCAGCUUCCGUUCAUCUGCCUUAAACUUCAAACGAGAGAAUCAAUCUUCAUACUACUACCGCAUGCACACGCUGAGUGAUUAUGUACACUUAACAUGUUUGAACUUGAAUGUUUGGCUGAACUAAUAAAGUCUGUUUGAAUGCCUGCCUGCCUGCCUGCCUGCCUGCUGGCGGUGUAUGAGAAAUAAAAAUUGAAGUGUUGUGGGUCUAGUUUGCUGACAGGAAGGUAUUACAGUGAAGACAAACCUGUAACAAAGAUGAUUUGCUAUGUUUAAUGUCAAGUGAUAUUCAAUUGUUUGUGAUAUAAGUCAUCAAAUAUUUGUUCUGUUAUAACCUAAACCUGUUUGACAGUUCUCAACUCGCGUGUUGAAGUAGGCCCUUAAUUCUAAUGCCAUACCUUGUAUAUCCACCCUUUAAAAAUCACUGGAGCUUUAAGCAUCAUGACGUGCGCUCGCUGUCAGUUUCGUGUACUCUGCCUCAUAUCAAUGACCAAAAGCAAAAUAGUCGGCGGCCGUCCCGCGUCAGGUGACUUCGCUGCUAUCGUAGCGGAUGUAAGGCGAGUACGCUACAAUACUCGGUGACGACGGCGGUUGUCAGUGCAGGUGAGCUGAGCGCAUGACGCGUGUGGAGAAAUGUCCAUUAUUGACAGGAAAAGAAUCCGGCGUCGUUCAGUAUCGUGCACCAAAGCACUGCUCUGUGUGCAGUUACAUUUCCAGCCAAAUUCAGAUGUCAAAAAAUACUGAAACACUUCCCAUGCAACUUCUUAUUCUGUACCACAUUCAAGCAGUGAAUAAUAUAUCAAUGUAUUAAGUCCAAACCAGUAUACUGUGGGACCAGUAAAGAAAAUGUUGAACGCUUGCUGUAAAAAUUUUGACGUUGUUGUUUCUGAAUGUUUUCCGAAGCCCCCUAUAGUACACUCGGCUCAGAUUGUGUGUAUUGUCAUGUCACUUGACCCGCACCAACAUGUUGUGAGUCGUUAAUAAAAAUCAA